AUGUCGCGAAGGCGCGUCUCCGCCAGCCCGGAGCUGAGUUGGCGGCAGGAUCAGGCGCUGGGCACAACCAUGCGUAUCGUGCGGGAGCUGGGCCCUACCGCUUUCGUCCUGCAGGAGGAAGACCAGAGGGCGGCGGAGCUCAGGGUUUCCCUGGGGAACCCUCAUUCGUGCAGCUGCUCAGUAUUUCUGAAAGAGAAGGACCUUUGUAAACAUAUCUGCUGGUUAUUACUAAAAAAGUUCAAACUUCCAAGAGACCAUGAAUAUGCUUUACAGAUUGGUUUGUUAGAACGAGAAAUUAACUAUCUGCUUCAGAAUCCACAACUUGUCCCCCAAGUAAAAAUAAUUGCCCAUUCUGUUAAGAAAUUGAUAACAGUUGAUGAUGGGUAUGUUAAACAAAAAAGUAUUGACAAUGAGGAUAUAUGUCCUGUUUGCCAGGAUAUGCUACUCAAAAAAAUGCUUCCUGUCACUUAUUGCAG